CAGAGAAAACCAAUUGAGGACAUCUCUGGCUGAGAAUGAACUGAAGUUAUCUUGGUGUAAGACUGUGACCAAGCUUGGAUAGGCGUGCCGUGCGCAAUGGCGACUCGUCAGAAGAAGAUUAUAUUUACAUUCGGAGGAAUUCUGUGUUUCGGCUGCGUAAUGAUGGUGGCAGCUGCGAUGGGGACCCGAUUUUGGGUGAAGGCGACUGUUCUGUGUAUCACAGGUGCUGAGUUGGUGAACGCAUCGCAGCCAGAGCUUGAUAAAUUUAUUGGCAAUGUGAGUUAUGGACUUUUCCAUGGAGUGCGAGUGAAACAGUGUGGACUGGGUGGUAGACCGUUUCGCUUUUCAUUUUUUCCAGACCUGUCGGACGCCAUCCCUGUGAACCUGCACAUCAGCGUGAUCUUCUUCUGUGGUGUCCUCAUCCUCUUCUCCUGCAUCUGCACGGCCUUCUUCAUGUACAACGCCUUCGGACACCCCUACGAGACCCUGCACGGACCCCUGGGACUCUACCUCUGGAACUUCAUCAGCUGUUUCUGCAGCUGCCUGGUGAUGAUCCUGUUCGCCUCAGAGGUGAAGAUCCAACGCCUGUCCGAGCGCAUCGCCAACUUCCGGGAGGACCGGUUCCGCUACGAUACGUUCUCGGAGCAGUACGACCGCUCCUAUUGGCUCAUCUCCUUCACCUUCCUGGUCCACGGCUUCAACAUCCUGCUCAUCCGAUUGGCUGGCUUCGAGUUCCCCUUCCAGGACGCCAAAGAGACGGAGCUGGGCACUGGGGCCUCUGAUCUCAUGUACUAGCAGCCACUAACAGAUUUCAAUGGGCCCAGGACAAAUUAAUCUAAGAGGGCCCCUUCUUUCAAUACAUAGUGUACAAUGCACUGAGGACCCAAUUGCCCUUUGAUUACGGCCUGGGUGACCCGGUUGCCACUGCAGGGCUCAUGAUGCCCGAGUAACAGCCUUAGAACCAUACCAUGUUAAAACCCUGAGGAGCAGAACAAAAGAUUUGGAGGAGCCACCCAGUUUGAGUGAGAGACAGACUGCUUUCAUCAUUUGGGGCAACAGAAAAGAAAACCUGCUAUGUACUCAGGAUGGCAACAGUGAAUUGGCCAUGGCAGUUUCUUCAGUGAGAGACUUGAGCACUGUAAAGACUUGGUUUCCUAGCCUUCCAUACUAUCUGAUUUUUACACUAUUUUGGGGGAAGUAUUUUGGGACUCCCCCAAAACUCUCUCAUUCAUGUUGCUGAGCAAGCAAGUGUGUUACACUUUAUGUGAUGCUGGCGUCAAAUGGAUGACAUAACAGGGUCAUA